AUGUCAUAUUACGAUAUCGAUGCGAUCCUGACCGACGCAGAGAAAAUUCCCUGUACCUUUCAAAUCGACGUCCCCGACCUCGGCUAUCUCGACAACCAACCGGGGCACACCCUCAAGUCCGGCUCGCGCGUCGCUCUCCCCAUCUGGCUGGCUGAAAUGCUCGCCAUUGCUAACACGGGCACCGUCGACAUGGACGACCCAUCACAGUCCAGCAAAUCCUUCAUCACCUUCGACCUGCCCCCGGCACUGGGUAACGACGUUGUUCAAGCUUUGAAAGCCGACCCGCGCUCCGUGCCGCUGCGCGAUCAGAGCGCCCACUUCUACGCCCUCGCCACGCACAUGAUGGAGUUGUCGGAGGAGCCGGAGCUGAGCGCGGUGUUAAGGAAGACGUUUGUUUCGAGGGCGGCGGAGAUCGCGUUGCAUGCUAGGAAGGUGGGUGGGGGCGGGAGUUCGUAUCAUGGUCGAGAUGGAGGAGGAGCCGGCGGAAAGGGCAAGGGGAAGGCGACAAAGGACGAUAAUGCCAGCAAUUUGGGCGUGGGAGGUGCGGGUGAGGACUUUUUGCGGGGGUUGGAUGAGUGGGAGAGGAAGCUGUUUAGGAGUGCACAUGAUGGGACGAAGGCGAGCAAGGAGUGGAUGGAGAAUGUCAAGAAGAGGUGA